GCAGGGGAAGUAUAGGGAGGAAACCUGCCUGGCCCUUUCCUGUCGUGGACUUGCUGGACCUGGCUUUCGGCAUAUCCGAAAGUCUGGAAUCCAGGAGCUGCACAGUUCAGUGGGGCGGAUGACUGCAUCAAAUAUAUCGAUUUUUGCCUGAAGCCAGCAACAUGAACGUUAACCUUCAAGGGAGCACACACAAGGCUCACUCCACCAUGACUCUCUACAUGCAGUCGUCUAGGGUCAUAUCCACAUCAAUUACUAGAAGUCAGUCUUUUGCAGGCGUUAACUCAAACUACGAAAAGACCAGACAUCGACAGGCCUUCCAUACACCAACUGUUUCUCGAAAGUCUGGAUCUAAAGUUCGUAGAAUGUUCUCGAUGUCACACAAGUCCCCUCCUCCUAAGGUUCCUCAACCUGACAGAGUGGACGAGGUCUAUAAUGCACUGAAAAGGGGACUGGGGGCAUACCUAGAAGUCCACCAAGUCGAACUGGAUAAGCUGUCAGUCCAGAUCAGAGAAUCUAAAAGGAACUCAAGACUGGGUUUUUUAUAUGACUUGGACAAGCAAGUGAAGUCUAUUGAGCGGUUUAUCCGGAAAUUAGAAUUUCACACAAGUAAGAUAGAUGAGUUAUAUGAAGCAUACUGUAUCCAGCGUAGAUUGAGGGAUGGCGCACAUAAUAUGGUUAGGGCUUUUUCCUCCUCUCCAAGUAGUAAAGAGGCCCGUGAGAGCAUGACAGAAGCUGGAAAAGGAUACAAAGAAUAUACAGAGAACAUGUGUGUACUAGAGAAUGAACUUGAAAGUCAGCUGGGAGAAUUUCGCAUUAAAAUGAAGGGGCUUGCGGGAUUUGCAAGGUUGUGUGCUGGAGAUCAAUAUGAGAUUUUUAUGAAGUAUGGCCGGCAACGCUGGAAAUUAAAGGGACGCAUUGAAGUAAAUGGAAAGCAGGUUUGGGACAGUGAGGACAUGGUAUUUCUUCCACUAAUCACGGAGUUCCUUUCUAUAAAGGUCACAGAACUGAAGAGCCUUGCAAACCAUGUCAUAGUAGGCAGUGUUUCAUGCGAAACAAAAGACCUCUUUGCAGCUCUUCCCCAGGUUGUAGCAGUGGAUAUUAAUGACUUGGGAACAAUCAAACUAAAUUUGGAGGUCAAUUGGAAUCCAUUUGACAAGGAAGACCAACCCUCAGCUGCCAGUACUGUAAAUAAAACCUCUACUGUGAACAAGCGAUUUUCCACAUAUAAUCCUAGUCCUCCAGAUACCCCCUCAUUGCGGGAACAAGCAUUUUAUAGUUCCUUGUUGCCAGAUCUGGGAAAGCAUAGCUGGCCAAUGCUUGUAAUGCUUCGAGAGACCCUAACUGACAAAUUGUCUCAGGCUUGCUCGUGCAAUGAUGUCUCAUCUGUCCAGGUUAAUACUUAUGAGCAAGACUACUAUAAUAUGUUACGACGUCAGGAUGAUUUGGAAAAUGGAGCUGCCUGGUCAAUUUCUUCAGAAUCUUCUGAUGAUUCCUCUAGCCCACAGUUACCUAGCAGUACUUGGCAUACUCCCAAGAACAUUGUUCAACCUGAACUUCAGGCAUCUGCUCCAGAUAUAGAAAUAUCCUUUACACAAACAGAUGAAAGUGUGGUCACAGGAGCAGAUAUUUCAACCCAGGAAGUGGAAAACGAUGUAAAAAUAGGUAAUGAAAUAGUGGCAUCAACAAAAGGCUCUGUAGCUAAUGGCCAUGUAGUAUACUCAAGGACAUUAAGCCAUAUAAGUGAAGUAAGCUUUGAUGCUGCAGGUUCAGAUUUCCAUGUCUUGGAUGAACCUCAGAUAACACUACCAUUGGAUAAGGAUGUCUUGGAAAGUGUUGCUGUUCAAGACAACUGUGAAAAAGUUGACAGUUUUCAAAUCACUGCACAAUUAACCUGUGCUAAGGAAGAGGAAAAGGAAAUACUUCACAUAAAACCUGAAGCAGAUGUGGAGCAAGUGAUCAUUGAUUCAAGUCAGUCAUUGAAUUCAGAGACUCAAGUACAGGAGAUUGUACCUUGUGCUGAAGAGUUUGAACUUGUGUUAAAUAACCUUGUUGAGACUCAGCAGUCUGUAGUUCAUGGUUCUCCCACUAAUCCUCCAUGUUUGGACACUGUUCCAGAAGAGAGGGAGAGUCCCAUCUUUGCAGUAGUAUACUCUGACUCCACAAAAAGGAAGAAUGUUGAUGGUGUGGAUGAGGCAAUUAAUUCCUUGAGUUCAUCACUGGAUGACUACCGGGGCCAGUUCCCUGAAUUACAGGCACUUGAAAUUAAACUCCGACAUCUGGAAGAGAUUCUCAUGCAGAAGCAAGGAGUAUUCAGAAGCAGAGCAUCCAGCAUAAGCCUCACAGUGGAAAAUGCCCUUGAGAGUUUUGACUUCUUAAAUACCACUUCUGAUAUGGAGGAUUCAGAAUGCUCGGAGGGAGAAGGUGUUCCAAAUGAAAGGAGCGAGAGUAGUGAAGCUGUGCCUGUAACACCAAUUGAACAGAAAAAGGCUAAGAUGGAGGAUGUUGUGGUAUGCUCUUCCUCUGAAGGACUCUCCAAUCCUCUGACCACUGGUAGUGAACAGUUGGAUAAGGCCUUGGUUUUACACCUGCACAACUGCAAUAGGCUGCUGUUGCAUUUAGGCACAUUUGGACCCCUUCGCUGUCAUGAGUUAUAUGCACUUGAUAAAUUAAUGAGAGAAGCCCAUAUCUUGGACAUGAUCUGUACGCUAACUGAGGAAAAGUCAGGAAGGGCACAUUCUGCAGUAGAAGUUUUGAAAUUUUCAACACCAAAAGAAAGAAUUGUGGAGUUUUGGAAUGAAUGUGUACAGCCCUCAGAUGUGUUUGUAUGCUCUGUGGAGACAAUUUUGCAGUCUUUGAGUAUACAAUAUGCUGAAAAAAUCAACUUGCAACAACAAGGGCUUUCUGAUGCUGUUUUUGUAAAGCUUCUUGAAGAUAUUUUGGAUCAAAAGUUGCCCAGAAGAUCCAGAACCACUGAAGGUGAACAUAUAACAAUCUUUCAGUAUUGGAGAUACUUUGAUUCUACCACAGUCACGGAUUUGGAUGCCCUCAUGCGUGAUUUGUCCAAAGAAGUAAUGUUUGUGCAGAAAUUGAAUUCAGAUGAUCAGAAUGUAGUUCUUAAAGCCUUGAAGAGGGUGUCUGAGAGCAGCAUACAGAAGGAAGGAUUCAAGACUUUGAGCCUUUUACUUACUAAUGGAAACAGCAGAGUCAUUGCAGCUGCAUCGUCAUUGCUAAAAAGUUUUGCUGAACAGCAACCUUUUAGGGAAAGGGCUCUUGUGUCCUACUUGGAGCAGCUUGAAGAUGAAGAUGUACACGUGCGUGUUGCAGGUUGUGCUGCACUAGGGUGUUUAAAGGCCAAAGAAAGCAUAGAACAACUUGUUUACCUGUGCCAAACAGACAAGGAGGAAGUAAAAGAGGCUGCCAAACAUAGUCUGAUUCUUUUUGGAGAAGAUGGUAAAAUUGCUUUUCGGCAUUUGGAGGAAACUCUGGGAAAUCUGCCUCGACUUUUUGCACCUGGAGCAAUGGCAAGCACUGCAUUCUAAACCUACCAGACACGUCAUCUUGGAGACAAGAUGGACACUACUAGGAGACAAGAGGCACAUGAGAGAGGAAUUUCAAGAUAUGAGCAAGUGUAGAUGACAGUAUUGACGAGCAUCUUUACUGCGGACAGCUUUGUGCUGGAUGCUGAUAGAAAGCUUUAUUAAAAUGAUCUACCUCUGACAAUUGUAAUGUUUCACUAAGUGACAAGAUCAGUAAUGAGCAUCAACUACUACUCACUGUUCAAAUAUACAGUCCAUAUGUUCCAUUAUUGUGUGGGAUAAUGCAAUAUGAAAUCAGAGAGUUUGCAAUAUAGGAAGGCGCCUGCUCAUUGAUGUUUAUAUGUAGAUUUUAUUUCAUGAUGUAAAGAUCUGCCAUGCAUGCCCUCAUUACAGUACACGUGUAAGUAUGGGCUAAGUGACCACUGCUAUUUUUGUAACAAAUGCCACUAGUCCAUGUGGAGUGGUCCUUGUAACGGAAUUCUGUAUUUUUUGUUUUUAAUGGGAAAUAACAUGAGAAGAAUGGCCUGAUGGGAAGCUUCCAGUGAUAGUCAGACCUUGUUUAUAUCAAUAAAUGUGGCUUAUAUUUUUACAACAACAAAAUAAUAGCAGUCUAUAUGAGAUCUGUGAACUGACUAUUUAAUUUUCUUGUGUAAAAUUGUGCUAUAUCUUUAUAUGUUCAGGUUAUAAUUCUGCUGACACUCUUGAUAUAUAUUUUUUUUUUUUCUUCAGCAAUUCUUUACUCAUCAGUUAUUUAGUUACUAAUUUAAGGGACAUUUCCAUCAGAACAGGGUAUUUUUUCAUACUCAAUGUUUAU